AUGAAGUCACUUCAAUGCGUUCUGGCACUUCUUUUCUUCCUAGAAGUGCCUUCAGUGGAAUCAAACAUUGACUGGAGUGGCAAUUGGGAGGGUAGAACCAAUUGGACCGAGGUCCCAGACGGCGCCUUUGUAGGGCCUGGUGUUGGAAGUGCUCAAGGGACAGACUUUUGCGAGGUGGUUCGUGACAAGUCCUUUCAACUCAAGGAUGCUUUGCGUGGAAAAAACCUGUCCAUUGCGUCUCAGUAUGGUCCCGGCUUUGAUUUCUUCCAAUAUGACCCCGACGAACCACUGUCGGAGACAAAUCCUACAGGGAUGAUAGCAAAUGUUUUGGAUGAAUUGGCUGGUAGAGCAGGAUUCACUUGGAGGAAUUCAUUUGUUGCGUACAACACAACAACUGCUGAUAUUCUAGUCGGUACUGGAACAGGAAAAUGGGACAGAAUGUUGAAAGAAACCACCAGUUUCUUCGACUUAUCUGUUGACAAAUGGCUUCUGACAACGGAAAGGCUGGAAAAUGAGACGGUUUUUCUUCAUUCUUGGUUUGACGCAUCUCUAAUUCUUGUUGACACGGGCAACAAGCCUGAAAUUAAUUGGCUUGGCUUUGCUGAUCCGUUCGAAUCUCGUGUCUGGUUCACAAUUGCCGGCACUGUAUUGAUGAGUGCUAUUUUCAUGAUUGUGAUUGAAUCACUGGAAAACAGACGAGAUGGGCGUACUAUGAAAUCGUGGUUCAGUGAUCAUUUGUAUUUGACAACUCUGGCCUUUUCGCAGCAAUUCCUCUUCAUUAACCCCAAAUCUGCAGCAGGACGGGUCUUUUUGUCUUCCUUUGCCUUUUGGGCCACCCUUAUUGGUGCAACUUACACGGCUAACUUGGCUUCUCUGUUGGUUGAAAAUGCCUUGUCCAGCCCUAUCCAGAGCAUCGAUUCUGCAAUGGAUUCCAAGCUCUCAAUUUGUAUUCACGAAGGCAGUGCCAGUCAAACGGUCAUGGAAUCCUUCUACCCACGAUUUAGGGGUUAUCCCAAUCUCGUCAAGACACGAACGACUCGUGAGUUGUAUGAACGUUUGGCGGAAGGCUCAUGCGAAAUCUUGGUUGGAACACGGCAAGAAUACGAAAUCUUUCGGAGGGAGGAGAAAUAUGGAUGUAAUCUUGUGCAGGCAGGUGUCGAGUUGCAUGCGGGAUCUGCCAGUUUUGCAAUUGAGUUCGACCCUCUCAAUUGCGAUUCAGUGUUGGCCUAUGUCCUCAACAUCCAUUUGAAUGAAAUGACUGUUGAUGGGAACAUGACAAUUUUCUGGGACGACUAUCUGAAUAAACGUGACGGAAUGUGCGGGCAGGUAUCUGGACGACGGAUGACAGAGGUAGACGACGUGUAUGGACCUCCAAGAUCAGAACCGAUGGUUUCUCGGCAGCUAGGAGGAGCAGCAAAGACCUCAGCUGCGAGCUCUAGUACCUUCUCAGAUGUGUCAAAGCCAACGGAUACGUCUCUCAAGAUUACAGGCAUGGCAGGGGUUUUCGCUGUACAUGGCGUUGGAACUGGCAUUGCUAUUCUCAUUGCUCUUUACACGCAUUUUCAAAAAAAGAAUAAGAAGGAACAGGCUCGACAGAAAGAAAUCUUUGGAGUCAAUAGUAAGAAGGUUGCUAAAAAUGAACUGGACGAGAAGUACGACGCGCUGAAGAUGGAGAUGAUGGCGCAAAUGGACCGAUUCUUUGAAGAACAUCGGGAAACUGGGAUGCAUCGGAAAUCCGAAGUUCAAAUGAGAUCCAUCAUGGACGCUCGGCAAUCCAUGGCCAUGGCUAGAAGCUCCGUGAUGGUAGCCCCUAGCACCCCAAAUAAUGGCCGAAAAGCAGGCUUCUUUGACAAUCUGAAUCUUAGCAGCCGAGGAAACACGCCAAGGUCAAACACACCAGGGAACACGACAAAACAUGUUGCUUUCGGGCAUGAUAGCAGCGGCCUUGAAUCACUUCGAUUAAAUCCUUUGGACGAAUCUGAAGAGGCCAAAUCUCAGACUCCUAGCGGAGCUGAGAACAUACUACUUUCCAAAACUGGUCUAUCUGGUGUCUGGCGUGGAUGA